CUCUCUGAGGAUUUUUUUGAGAGCGGAGGUUUUUUUAACCGGCACUUGGAAGAAACGUUCAAGUGUCGCCCCGUUUAGGGCAGACAAGGCGCUCACCACAGCACAGAGCAGGACUGCGGGUUUAAAAGACGAACUUGACCAGUUUCCCGACGACGAAAAGUGAAAUAUUUUCACCAGACUGAAAGACGGAGAAGCCGAACUGCUGCUGGGUUUCGUCUCUCAGCCUGGAACAGUUUUGGGGUUCCGUUAACGUUGGCGUCGCUGAGGAAAACACAUUUUUCACGUUUUUUAAAGUGGACUCCACACGCCAGGCAGAGUCCCCACACACUGUAAGCUGCCCUCAAGGAAAAAGGUAACCGUUUGUGAGCGGUAGGCUGGAGGUUUACUUCGACUUCUGUGGGAUUUCUGCUGUUUAAUCCACCCAAAAUUUAGCGACCGGGGAGUUUUCUCUGACAGAACCGCCGCGGCGGCCGUGAACGUUUGUUUCUCCUCUGCUGGAUCUCCUGUUACUUCGGUUUGGACAACUUUACCCGGACUAAACUGAACACUGAAGGCGAAACACGUCGGGAUAACGUAGUCAGGCUACACAACGAACCCCUUUGGACUCGUGUUCUGUCAUUUUGUUUCCUUAACCGGGCAGUACCGCUCGGCUGGGCUGUGUGAGGUGAUCUGUGAGCCGGACUGGUGAACUGCGCUAGCCUGUUAGCUUUUAUUUACCUCAGGGCUGCUGCGCGGGAAAAAACGCGUCCGCGCGACCUGAACACUUCCACUGUUUAUGCCGCCGCCGUCUUGUUGAGCCCACUGUUUUCUUCUUCCAGUCUCGCCUGGUUCUGCACUCCGCAGCCUGCGUGCCGGGUGGAGACGGGUUUAUCCCGCGAUGUGUGGAUUAUGUGAAGCGGGCACAUGGUUAAGAGACGCGUGGGAAUCGAGAGCUCCUCGGUGCCUGUAACUUUUCUCCCCCGCAGGCGCGCUCUCUCUCCCUCUUUCUCUCUCCUUCUCUCUGUGUCUCUCUCCCUCUCUGGUCGUGGGAAGAGAUUUGGCCAACGGCCUUUCUGUCCUCUUCGCCUCUUUAUCCGGGUUUGCCAUAUUCCGUAAUGGACGUGAAAGCCUUCGGCGAAGUUCCCCCCACAUCCAGCACGUCCAGGUGAUUUUUUUUUCCUCCACUCUCGGUUGGAAUCCACCGCGGGACUGAAGACGAGUCGCUACUGCCGGCAGGUCGCGGGAUAAACAUUUCUGGAGCUGAUCAGUAUUAGUUGUUUCGAAAAACGGGAUUUACUGGGGGAACUACGAUGUCAUUUGUACGGUCUUGCUUGGGAACUCUGCUGCUGUGUACAUUCAUUUCUGAUGUUGCAGGUAAAGUUUCCCCCACCAGCUCCGAUGCCCUCCUCAGUGCCCCCGCUGCUAGCGCCACCUCCAGCCCUCCAGACAUGUACCUCCCUGCCAGCUUCAAGCUUUCCAACACCCAACUGGCCUUCUUCCUCCAAGAGAGCCGAGUCCCAGCCCGGGGUGGCUCUGGAGGCCACCCGCUGCAACGCUCCGAGAGCUUUGUUGUCUUUCAGACCAAGGAGUUACCCUCGGUCAACAUCUCGCUGGGUCCUUUCACGCAGGACCAAACGCUCUCCAAAGACCUUCUGCAGCCGUCAAGUCCCUUGGAUAUCCCAGGAAGGCUGACGGUCAACUGGAAGGUUCGGGCCUUCAUUGUCCAGUCCAAAGUCUUUGCAAGCAACCCGGUGGUCCAGGUGCUGUUUUACAUUGCAGGCCGGGACUGGGACGACUUCAAGGUCCAGGACAAGCUGCCUUGCGUGAGGCUGCACGCCUUCCGGGAUGUUCGGGAGAUCAAGACUUCUUGCAGGCUCCAGGGCAAUCUGGCUCAGUGCUUGGCCCAGCUGGACCUUCCGCCCACCUGGUUCAACGUCAACGUUGCACCCUUAGGCCGCAGGAAAUCCUCAGUGUCAGAUGGUCUGGAGAUGACCGGGGAGACCCUCCAGGUGGAGCUCUACUACACUCUCCAUGAUCCGGACAGCAAAGGGGAAUGCGGGGAGAGUUACAGCAGGCGAGGAGGAGGGUCAAGGGGAGAGAGCUCAUCCCAGCAACCCCUACUUCGGAUUGGGAGCAUCAGCCUGUACCAGCCGAGUCAAGAGCUGCUGGUGGUGGACAAGCAACUGGACAAGAACCUCUUCUUGCGGCUGCCUGAGAAGCCGCUGAAGCCUGGCGAGAUUCUGAGCAUCUUUCUGUACUUGGUGCCAAACUCGACAGUGGAACAGUUCACACUCAAGGUGAAAGCCAAGAAGGGGGUGAAUCUGCUCAACACAAAGUCAAAGAGCAACCAGUGGAAAGUAGAGUGGGAGGUGCAGUCGGGUGCCAAGCACUCUAUCGCCACAGUGGAAGUCAGCAAGAUCAAAGGGGUCCCUGGGGAUGUGGCUGCCAACAUCGAAGUCAUGCAGCUGGACUUUGAGAUGGAGAACUUUACCAGUCAAUCAGUGACUAGAAGAAUCAAUUGGAACAUUGAUUAUCGGGGCCAAAACCCACCCCCAGACUCGGACAAGGUGGUGACAGAGUUGACAGUGGUUCAGAAGGAUAUUCAGGCUAUCAUACCCCUGUCUAUGGACACCGAGAUCAUCAAUACGGCCAUUCUGACUGGACGAACCGUCGCCAUCCCGGUCAAGGUUGUCUCCAUAGAGAUGAGUGGCACAGUCACCGACAUUUCCUCCUCCGUGGAGUGCAAGUCGUCCAAUGAGGACAUUGUCAAGGUGUCCAUGAGCUGUGACUAUGUCUUUGUGAACGGUAAGGAAACAAGAGGCUCCAUGAAUGCUCGUGUGAUUUUCAGCUACGAGCAUCUGAGCGCCCCGCUGGAACUGACCGUUUGGGUCCCCAAACUGCCCCUCCGUCUGGAGCUCUCAGACAACCGCCUGGCCUUCAUCAAGGGCUGGAGGGUCCCCAUCCUGCCUGACCGCAGGUCAGCCCGCGACAGUGACGACGAUGACGAGGAUGACAGGAAGGUGAGCCGGGGCUGCACGCUGCAGUACCAGCGGGCUCAAGUCAAAGUCAUGACCCAGUUCCACACCACCUCCACUGAGGGCACCAACCAGGUUAUCACCAUGCUGGGGCCCGACUGGCAGGUAGAUGUCACUGACCUGGUCCAGGAUUCACUGAAGGUACUGGACCCCCGGGUGGCUGAACUAGUGGACCGUACCGUGCUGGUGGCUCUGGAACAGGGCUCCACGAUCCUGAAGGUUGAAUCCCCACUAGCAGUAGAGGCCCUGUUGGGUGAGGCGCCGUUCUCUGUGGUGGAUGAGAAAGUGUCCAUAGUUGAUCUGCGUGUCCAUGCCAUCUCUGGACUGACGCUGAGUCUGCAGCCCAGCCCCGGCAACAGCCACACCAUGGUUGCCAAAGCAACUGGCUUACAGACGCUCUCCGCUCUCAAGCAGGAGUCCACCCUCUCCAUCUGGGUCUAUUUCAGCGACAACACGGCUGCCCCGCUCGGCAUAUAUGACCCAAAGGACUACAACCUUAAUGCCUCCACGCUGGAUGAUAAGGUGGCCUCCAUUUCCCAGGAGCCUCAGCAGAGGUGGCCAGUCAUCAUUGCGGAGGGAGAGGGAUCUGGGGAGAUUGUGCGUGUGGAGAUGACCAUAUGCGAAGCCUGCCAGAAGACCAAACGCAAGAGCGUGAUUGCUUCCUCUCCGGUUCAUGUCAAGGUCCGCUUCGGUCCCGAGGAAGAUUCCGAGGAAGUUGAAGAACUAGAGACUGAGGUGGAGACUAAAGUCCCAGUCAGUACAAGGAGAACCAUAAUUGAUCCCAGUAUCGGUGCUGGCUAUGAACCAUCCAAUGAGCAGCCCGCCAGUGUCCCAAUCGACUACACCAACUUCCCCACUAUCAGCAACCAGGAGCGACCGACGGAGGAAGAAGAGGAGGAAGAUGAUGAGUUCGUGCAUUCACCUCGUAGCAUGACUGACCUGGAGAUUGGCAUGUAUGCCCUUCUGGGUGUCUUCUGCCUUGCAAUUCUGGUCUUUCUAAUCAACUGCAUCGUGUUCGUCCUCAAGUACCGGCACAAGCGUAUCCCGCCAGAAGGCCAGGCCAACAUGGACCACUCACACCACUGGGUGUUCCUGGGUAACGGGCAACCCUUGCGAGCUCAGAGCGACCUUUCCCCACAGACGGUGGAGAGUCCUAGCAACCCGUUGGAAGGGGUACAGACUUGCUGCCACGGAGACCACCACAGCAGCGGAAGCUCUCAGACCAGCGUCCAGAGCCAGGUCCACGGCCGAGGAGACGGCAGUUCCGGUGGCUCGACCAAGGAGCCUGGGGAAGAGGCUAGUUCGCCCACGUCCAAGCGCAAGCGCGUCAAGUUCACCACCUUCACUACACUGCCCACAGAGGAGCUGCCCUACAACUCCAUCCCCAUAGCUGAUGAGGAGGACAUUCAGUGGGUAUGUCAGGACAUGGGCUUCCAAGACCCAGAGGAACUGCAUGAUUACAUGCGCAGGAUAAAAGAAAUCGCCUAAUUUGGCAUCUAGGAGCUUUCUAAAACAAAUGGCCUAAUUUGGCAUCUAGGAGCUUUCUAAAAGACCUUUCCUUUCUAAUCUUCUCUUUUUUUUCUCCCCUCACUCUAGUGGAGUUAUCUUUUCACACGAACGAAGGAGUGACCGAGGCCUACUGUCCUGUUUCUUUGGGGGUCGUAUUGCACAGUGCCAUUUUCCUUCUAAACGUGUCGGAACAGCGGCGAAAAAUAACCGACAAGAACAAAAAAAGAAACAAUAGGUGGAAAGCCAAAUACAAGACUAGAGGAUCUUUUAAUCGCUAGCACAAAUGGCUUUAGUGUUUGUGUCAUCCUUUCUCAGGCGAAGAGGGCAUCUCUAACGGAAACCCAGUGUUUUGAGUUCUCAGCAAACAGUGUCGCGAUGGAUUCCUCAAGCGCUCCAUCACUCCUAUUGGGAGGAGGUGCGGGUUACCCUGCUGUGGACAGGAUCUUUCUCAGAGGAACGCUGCAAGUCUUGGCACUGUGUCCGUAGUUCUUUUUCUUUUCUCUCUCUCUCUCUUUCGAACAUCCGAGUAUUCUUCUCCAACAAAGAGGCCUUUGUAGUGCAGAUUUUAAUUUUACUCAGAGAAAAAGUGUUUGAGAGGCAUCACUCUCUUGCCGCUGCUGGCAACGUACAGUUCUGUUACAGUAAAUGUCAAAGACUAUCAUUAGGACACGGAUACUGUU